AUGGGUGUCUGUACCGCGACGUCGACGUCAUUUAUUCCUUUUACGCCGGAACAGGUGUACGAUUUUAUUACCAACCCUCACAACUGGCCAAAGACAUACAAAGGAAGCGCAGGCAUGCAACAGGACCUUAACAUCCCGAUCCAGCCGGGCGAAGAAUGGGUCGAGACGGUUCGCUUGGGCGACAAUAUAUAUUACUCCAAGUGGAAUCUCAAGACAGCCAUCAAACCUAUGAAGUGGGUCUUCCUGCAGACGAACGGAAUCGGAGCAACGGAUAAAUCUUGUAGCAACGGUCACGAUGGCAUAACUGAGAUCGCCUAUCAUUUGGAGAGGUCAGAGAUUGAUGUCGAUGGCAAGAGAGUGCAAGGAUGCCUUUUCCGUCGCACACUUACGAUUGACCUCCCGCGUGGGACUUCAAUCCCAGACGAUUUGCUUGCUGUGUGUAUGAAGACUGCGGGUAUUGAGGGCUACCACGAUGCUGUUAUUAGAGAGUUACAAAAAGAGAAUGGAGCUGCGUAG